AUGUUACUAUCACUACAGCCGGCUGUAUGCCUAUUAUCCCUCCUCUACCUGGCCGCAGCGGCAUCGAUAGAUCCGGCGAGUCGAUUGUCGGAACGAUCCUCAAAUUCGACAGCAUGCAACAACUCUCCUGAUCUCUGCUCAAAGGCCUACGACAGCAUCGUCCACCUCGGAGCGCACGACUCGCCAUUCGUUCGAGACUCAUCAACCGGCUUCUCCACGUCCGGCAACCAAUACUACAAUUCAACAGUCCAACUGUCCGCCGGAGUGCGCCUUUUGUCUGCACAAGUCCAUAAAAGCAAUGGAGAAUGGCACCUCUGCCACUCGUCGUGCGACCUACUUGACGCUGGACUCUUGUCAGACUGGUUGAAAGAGAUCAAGACAUGGCUAGACUCGAACCCUCGUGAAGUGGUGACAUUAUUGCUCGUCAAUUCGGAUGAUGCAACGCCGUCGGAACUGGCGCAGGAAUACACCGACGCCUCUAUCACCGACUACACAUAUACGCCGACAUCGACCACCUCCCCACCCGAGACAUGGCCGACAUUGCAAGAACUAAUUACCGCCGGCACGAGAUUACUCACGUUUGUAGCCUCGCUGGAUACCAGCGACAUCACGUCGAGCGAAGCGUAUCUCAUGGACGAAUUCACUUUUGUGUUUGAGAAUCCCUACGACAACACCGACGCGAAAAACUUCACCUGCACUCCCGAGAGACCGACGUCUGUCUCCGGAAGCUCCCAGAAGGCCAUUUCGGCGAAUUUAAUGCCACUCACAAAUCAUUUCUUGUAUGAAGUCGGUGCUUUUGAUAUCGAGACUCCGGAUGUUGAUAAUAUCAAUACCACGAAUUCGCCGGGGAAGUCGGUCGGCAAUCUGGGGUAUGCGCUGCAGUCGUGUAAUACGGAGUAUGGUCAGCCGUCGACAUUUGUGCUUGUCGAUUUCUUUGACCAGGGUCCCGCUAUUGAUGCGGUUGAUGCUAUGAAUGGUGUCACUGAUCCUGUGGGACGCACGUCGCCGCCGGCGAGAGAUUCGGAUUCAAGCUCGAGUACGGAGAGUGCGAGCGAGUCUUCUUUUGCGGGUGUCAAAGAGCUGGUUAGUCAGGUCAAGGAUGGUGAGACGCCCAAGCUUGGUGCCUGGAUCUGGGCGGCCGGCAAGUGGACGUUGGGUGGGAUCAAUUUGAGUGGUGGUGAUGUUGUUUCUUGA